AUGUGGUGGUGUACUGCAGCCGAUUGUUUUACGUACAAAUUGUCUCCGAAACACGAAGAAGAUUUGCUAGCCGGCAGACGCGUACCAACGAAGCGUGAAGUACUUCGCACACUUAUGGCGAUUUUCGAUCCGCUAGGAUUUCUUUCAAAUCUACUUAUCUUCCUCAAAAUACUGCUGCAGGAAAUUUGGAGGAGUUCAAUUGGAUGGGACGAAAAAAUACCGAAAAAACUUUUUGAUGACUGGCUACAGUGGCUUAGCGUGUUACCAACAGUUCAAAACAUCAAAAUUCCCCGCUGUUAUCGCUCGAAAAUAUCGUUUGAUGAGAAUACAUCGAUAACCUUACACACAUUUGUUGAUGCAAGCGAAUUAGGAUAUGCGGCUGUAGUUUAUCUUCGAUUCCAACAGGGAAACAGAGUUGAAGUUGCCAUUGUAUGGGCUAAGGCUCGAGUAGCACCCUUGAAGUUUCUUUCAAUACCGCGUAUGGAACUACAGGCAGCAGUUAUUGGGACCAGCUUGGCUGAUUCUGUUGCGAAGGCACUAUCGUUCAAGACGAAGCAACGGUUCUUUUGGAGUGAUUCCCGAAACGUUCUUUGUUGGAUAAGAUCAGACCACCGCCGAUACUCACACUACGUUGCUCAUCGGGUCAGUGAAAUUUUGGAAACCACACAAAUUAAGGACUGGAAAUGGAUAUCCACCAAGGACAACGUUGCAGAUGAAGCUACGAAGUGGCAACGCUUACCUGAUCUUAACAACCAAAGUCGAUGGCUAAAUGGUCCAGACUUCCUGAGAGAAAACGAAACGGCGUGGCCAAGCGAGCACUUUGGGAAGGAGUUUACGGAAGAAGAGCUUAGACCGAAUAAUUCUUGUAACGUGCAUAGCAUAUUUCCUGUUAAUCGUUUACGACCAGAUAAUUGUAGGAGUUGGAAUUUUCUCAGGCGAACUGCAGCCUGGGUUCUGCGAUACAUUGCCAACCUCAAAAUUAAAGAAGAAUUUAAGAAGAAACGCGAACUGGGACCACUUUCCGGCAAAGAAAUCCACCGAGGGGAGGUUUUAGCGUUUAGAGAAGCCCAAAGUGAGCACUUCGAUGGCGAAAUUAGUUUACUAAGCUCAACAUUACCUUCCCCGUCUCAAAUACCGAAAUCAAGCUCAAUAUAUAAGCUUUGGCCAUUUCUCGAUGACGAACGAGUCUUGCGAGCUUCUGCUCGGAUCGGCGCUUGUGAAGCAGUCAGCAUGGAUGCAAAACAUCCUAUCAUACUUCCGAAAGACCAUCGAAUCACUUGGCUAAUUGUACAACACUACCAUGUUAAAUUCUAUCAUCGCAACCAUCAGACAGUCAUCAAUGAAAAACGACAAAGGUUCCGUGUAACUCCUAGGUUAUCCAGUUUGUACUGGAAGGUUCGAGCGAAUUGCCAGUUGUGCAAGAAUCUGAAGGCUGCUCCGAGACCUCCUCGGAUGAGUAAUCUUCCAGCAACAAGACUUUCCGCGUUUACCAGACCAUUCUCGUUCGCAGGCGUCGACUAUUUCGGUCCGAUGUUUGUCACCGUGAAGCGUAGUACUGAAAAGCGUUGGGGCGUAUUGAUAACAUGUUUGACUAUUAGAGCUGUACACAUCGAGAUAGCACAUUCCUUGUCAGCAGAAUCCUGCAUAAUGGCACUUAGAAAUUUUAUGGGGAGAAGAGGUACACUGAUUCAAAUUUUUAGCGACCGUGGCACAAAUUUCAUAGGGGCAAAUAAAGAGCUUAAGUUGGCAUUAAGGGAAAUGGAUCAGAAUACUAUUCUUCGAGAAAUUUCAAGUCCAGAUACAACUUGGUCUUUCAUACCACCAGCGUCUCCUCAUAUGGGUGGAUCUUGGGAACGAAUGAUCCAAACAGUUAAACGUAACCUAAAUCAGAUCAAACCCAAGCACCAACUUAACGAUGAGGUGCUACGCAACUUGUUAAUAAAAGUAGAGAACACCGUCAACUCUAGGCCGCUAACUCAUGUUUCAUCUGAGGAUUCGGAGCAACCAGUAUUAACUCCGAACCACUUCUUGGUUGGGUCAUCGAACGGGUUGAAACCAGCCUCGUUGUUGGACGACAGGGACGAAGUCGUGAACAAAUCGUGGAAGUCGUCGCAGAUAGAAGCAAAUAUCUUCUGGAAACGUUGGGUACGAGACUACCUACCCGAUCUUACCGAACGUACAAAAUGGCACGCUCCAGUGGUUCCUAUCCAGGUGGGCGAUAUUGUGGUGGUAGUGGACUCCAAUCUACCUAGAAACUGCUGGCCAAUUGGCAGAGUUAUUUCAGCAGAACCAAGCAACGACGGAGAAGUAAGAAAGGCGGUCAUCCAGACAUCCAACGGAAUCUACGAACGACCAGCAGUGAAGCUUGCUGUACUGGAUGUUCAACGCAAAACGGAGUAA